AUAGAGAAGAAAAAUACGUGACAUCAGAAAUUGGCUUUAAAAAUUAAUAAUAGACUGAGUCGAAUGCCCAGACGUUCGUUAUUGACGCCUGGACACCCCGCCACUAAUAUUGAUGAUGCGGCGAAAACAAAGCACAGUGGAGGAUUAGAUACACAACAUCAUUUUUAUAAGAAUACCACGCGUGGUUUGACACAACAUAAUGAUGUGAUAUAUAUAUAUAUAUAUAUACGCAUUGUCUGAAAUCAAUGACUGUGUUAAGUAGGCAUAUGACAACUCGCCAUGUCCGCCCACCAACUUUUAAACGGCUUACGCUUUACAUAAAAAUAAACGCACUUUACUGCAGCAGCAACAUUUGUUUUUUUCCACAUAGUUUUUAAAAAUAUAAUUCACAAGUAUAUUAAAAGAUUUUAAAACUAUUGCAGCAAACUUAACAGGAGCAACAACGAUUUGUUGCCUCUGUUUUUAAGCCUGUACGAUGUAGCCUUCAUUUCCCAUCAUGCUCUUCCGUCCCCUGAUGACUUUUGACCCCUGGAUAAAAACAAGCCGAUCAGCUGGUAUAGAAACAACAUCUUCAGCGGCGUGAGAAGAAAUAAUCCAGCUGGUUAACCGACUCACCGACUGCGGUUACCCUUGUAUGUCGUCGACGCGUUGUUACCGCUGCUCCACUCAAAGAAUGUGGAGGCAGCAGUUCGUUUUAGCCAGCCGUCGUCGGUCGGACCGGUAGUCUUUGCUAGGUCAGUCCACUGAAAUCAAGGUUGUUUAUUUUCCCUGGCGCUCUCUUUACCUCACUGGUAUUUGUAUCGUACUGCCUGGAUUAUUGUCUCUGUAAUCGAAUAAGUAGACACUCUUCUUUUUAAUGGUAAAAGUCAAAAUAUUAUAAGUAAACAAUGGAUGUUUUCAUAUGUUUUCGCGUACUGUUGUGUCGAAACACAGACUAGUUCACUGGCCGUCGUAAAGCUGUGUUAGUAUUGUAUUUUACCGUUGUAUUAGGUCUCUUUGAGCUCGUCGUAGAUCAUCUUAUCCUCUGUGUUUUUAUCAGGGUGUACAUUUAGCUGUUUAGAACUCUGUUAGUGGCCAUAGUUUUUAGUUAUCAGCAGCAGGGGUAUAGUCCUGAGCUGUCAAUCUUGAAAUGAGUGGGCAAGGUCCAUCCAUAGAUAAAGGAAUGAACACAAUACUAGUCUGCCAAGAGAGUUAUGCUUGUGGAGGUUCAGAUGAAGCUGCCUAUGAAUGCGAUGAGUGUGGCAGCUUGCAGUGCGCCCGCUGUGAGCUGGAGCUGCACCGGCAGGAGCGGAUGAGGAACCACGACCGGGUUCGCCUCGCGCCGGGACACGUUCCCUUCUGCGACUCCUGCAAAAGUGAUGCCACCUGCUCUGGAAGUGGAGGACGACUCAGAGCUGUGGUGCGCUGCCAGGGUUGCAAGAUCAACCUCUGCUUGGACUGCCAGAAAAGGACCCACAGUGGGGGCAACAAAAAGAAACACCCUCUGACUCCUUACCCACCUGCAAAAGCCCUUCAGGACAACAGCAUCAUGGCAGGAGAAUCAGAGGUGGAGAUCCUCAAGGCGCAGCUGGAGAAAGUGCGCAGCUUUCUUCUAGUGGAUGAGAAGGAGGAGAUGCAAGUAAAAGACGAAGAUGAGUUUGUGAAAAGGCUCGACUGCAGACCAGAUGAGCUCCUAAAGGUGGUCUCUAUCUUCGGAAACACCGGCGAGGGCAAGUCUCACACCCUCAAUCACACGUUCUUUCUUGGGAGAGAAGUGUUCCGGACGUCUCCCACUCAGGAGUCCUGCACCAUGGGUGUGUGGGCAGCAAUGGAUCCAGGCCACCGGGUGGUCGUCAUAGACACAGAAGGAUUAUUAGGAGCUGGGUCCAAUCAGGGAAAACGCACCCGUCUUCUCCUCAAAGUCCUGGCCAUCUCAGAUAUCAUCAUCUAUCGUACCCACGCCGAUCGUCUCCAUGAUGAUCUCUUCAAGUUCCUUGGAGAUGCCUCAGAUGCCUACCUAAAACAUUUCUCCCGGGAGCUGAAGGCAACUACGACUCGCUGCGGUCUGGAUGUCCCCCUGUCCACUCUGGGUCCUGCGGUCAUUAUCUUCCAUGAGACUGUCCACACAAAGCUGUUAGGAUCAGAGAAACCUUUAGAAUCUACCGAUCGUCUUCUUCAGGAGCGUUUUAGGAAGCUGGGGCUCUUUCCAGACGCCUUCAGCUCUGUCCAGUAUCGUGGAACUCGAACCUACAACCCUCCCACGGACUUCAGCGGACUGCUUCACAGCCUGGAACAACAACUGGACAACAACACAACCCGUUCUCCGCGUUCUGCAAGCGUCAUCUUCAAGGCUCUCCACGCGCUGAGCGAGAGGUUUAGCGGCGAGAUCCCAGAUGAGCACAUGACGAGUAACUCAUUCUUUCCAGACGAGUACUUCACCUGCUCCAGCGUCUGCCUCAGCUGCGGUUCUGGUUGUAAGAAGAGCAUGAACCACCUAAAGGAAGGACUUGACCACGAAGCCAAACAUCGCUGCCGUUACUCUGCGCAGCAUGACAAUCGCAUAUACACUUGUAAAGCCUGUUAUGAAGGAGGAAAGGAGGUCAUAGUGGUCCCUAAAACAACGGCCUCAUCUGACUCACCCUGGUUUGGUUUGGCCAUCUACGCCUGGUCCGGGUAUGUAAUCGAGUGCCCGAACUGUGCAGUGAUCUAUAGAAGCAGACAAUACUGGUAUGGAAACCAGGAUCCAGUGGAGACAGUAGUCCGAACGGAGAUCCAGCACAUCUGGCCUGGGUCUGAUGGGUUUUUGAAAGAUAACAACAACGCCGCACAACGGUUACUGGACGGAGUGAAAUACAUUUCCCAGUCAGUUUCAGAACUCAGCGUCAAGCCUGCGAAAGCCGUAACAUCCUGGCUGACGGACCAGAUCGCGCCGACCUACUGGAAACCAAAUUCUCUCAUCCUGAAAUGCCAUAAGUGUCAUGAAGAGUUCCAGCCGAAUGACACAAAGCAUCACUGCCGCGCCUGCGGGGAGGGUUUCUGUGACGCCUGCUCCUCCAAAACGCGGCCGGUCCCCGAGCGAGGGUGGGGCCUGGCACCAGUACGGGUUUGCGAUGAGUGUUUCCACAACAGGGAAAUCCCAACGGAGCUUCUGGAUGCUGCUCUAGAGGAGGAGGGCGGCACCCUGAUCGCCAGGAAGGUCGGGGAGGCUGUUCAGAACACCCUGGGAGCCGUCGUCGGCGCGAUUGACAUCCCACUGGGUCUAAUGAAAGACGCGGCACGUCCAUCCUACUGGGUCCCGGAUCAGGACAUCCAUUCCUGCUGCACGUGCCAUCGUGAUUUCACCCCUCGCCUCUCCAUCCACCACUGCCGUGCCUGCGGACAGGGGGUGUGCGAGGACUGCUCUCAGGAGCGACGGCCAGUGCCGUCCCGAGGCUGGGACCAUCCGGUGAGGAUCUGUGACGGUUGCAGCCAGAAGCCAGGGGAGCUCUAGCAGGACGAGGAGUGGAAACCUUCCUGAUAUCUGGAACCCUUUUGACCCACGUCUUACAAGCUGCCAGUUGCAUUCAACGGCAGGUUUUUCUUUUUAAUUGCCCUGCUUGUAUUAUCAACAGCCACGUGUUACAAUGUGAAGCAUCGGCGGUGAUCAACUUAAUUUUACUUGAUGCCGGAAAGUGUUCAAACCAGGCUUCGAUUUUGUACUUAUAGUUGAAGCCAGUUUUAAAACCAGGCACACAACGCUUGUCUUGUCAAAAUAUAAUCGCAAAUUUCUUCUCUUUUUUUCUCAAGUUUUUGGAGCCGUUUUGGAAGUUCAAAAAAACGUUUUUUUGUAGGGGAAAAACGUGAAUAUACAACGCACCAGUUUCAUGUUUAGCUUUUGUGUCCAUUCACGUAAGAACCGGACAUCUAAAGCUCAACUGAACCAUGGGCAAGCAUCUGCCCAGUGGUACUCAAACGAUCUUAAGUAAUAGAAUUUUUGUUUUACACAGACAAAAGAACAUGUCAAAAGAAAAUCAUACCCCAUCUGUGUCCAUCUAAAUGGGGCAGAAGUAUAAACUGGAAAAGGGAGGAUUUUAUUAUCAAGACGGGUAAACUCAUCAUUGAUAAAUGAUGUUUGGUACUGCUUUGUUUUCCAUUUUCAAAAUAGCAUCUAAAACCUCACUGACAAUCCCUCUGAGUGAAACACAUUUGCACCUUUUUAUAGCUGAACUUGGAACUAUGACUGAGCAUCAGGUCCGUAUAUGAAUGGUUGAAAGUUUGAAUGAAGCAUUCCAGUUUAUCCAAUACCUUUAAGUAGUCGUCAUUUUGUAUUAGAACAGCCUUAAGAAUGAAACUUGGGAGCGGUUUUGGGGGAUAUAUUUACUUGGGUGAUACAAUAAAUGCCUUUUUUGCUUUUGAAUGAGCAUCCAAAUGUCUUUCUGCUAAAUGGUCAAUAGUUUUUUGUGGAGUGUCGGUGAGGCUGGACCCUCAGAACACCAGGCACGAGACUGCUGUGAACUCUCGCUGUUGGCACAGAGCUUUGACUCCCCUAAAACAUUUCAGGUUACGUCGAUGCUGUGCAAUCUAAGAUGUUUGUUACGUACUGAAUUGUGUCACAUCAAGUCCAUCAACACCUUAAUGUUUCUAAUAAAUUGGAGAAAGACUUUUUUUCCUAAUUUUUCUGUGAUGACACUAUCAUUAUGGGAAUAAAAUUGUACAUAGUAACAUUGUAAUAUAGCUGAAUAAGAAGUAGUUUCACCGAAUGAAUGAAUGAAAAGUAUUGUCCACAGUUGUGAGGAAAAGUUUAUUCAAAUUCGGUUCUCAGUUUUAAAGUAAAAUCUCCUGAGUGAUUAUGGUCACAUGCUUGAUCACAUGACCAAAGCCCUUUACAAAAUUUACAGAAUUUAUCUGCUCACAUCCUGCUCAUCUGAGUUGUAAGGAUAGAAGUACAAGUCCGACUCCACGGCCA